GUUGUCUGUGGCCGUACCGGUUAAUAGAGAUCAAAAUGGCGAUCUGGUGUUAGGUUAGAAUAUUAGAAUGUCAGGAGAUAAUUUUAUUGAGAACAUUUUAUAAAGCAAAAUAGUUUCAGCAAAGAGAUUGUGUCCCUGUGCUUUACACUUCUUUUCGCCUCUGAUUGUAAGUGAUUCGUGAUAUCCCAAAUAUGAGUAGUGAUGUCCACGGGAGCAGUGACCAUGUUAUAUUGGUCACAGGUGGAUAUGAUCACACAAUUAAGAUGUGGCAGGCUCAUACUGGAGUUUGUCAGCGAACAGCACAGCACACUGAUUCCCAAGUGAAUGCAUUGGAUAUUACACCAGACAAACAACUCAUUGCUGCUGCAGGGUAUCAGCAUAUUCGUAUGUAUGACCUUAGUUCAAGCAAUCCAAAUCCUGUUAUCAACUAUGAAGGAGUGUCAAAGAAUGUGACUGGGGUUGGUUUCCAGGAAGAGGGGAAGUGGAUGUACACAGGAGGGGAGGACUGCAGUGCAAGGAUAUGGGACCUCAGAUCAAGGAACUUGCAAUGCCAACGAAUUUUCCAAGUGUCUGCACCAGUGAACUGUGUCUGUCUGCACCCAAACCAAGCAGAGCUGGUGGUGGGCGACCAGAGUGGUGUGAUUCAUCUGUGGGAUCUCAAGACAGAUCACAAUGAACAGCUGAUGCCUGAGGCCGAAGCAUCUAUCCAGGACAUAGCAAUGGACCCAGAAGGGUCUUACAUGGCAGCAGUGAACAAUCGUGGCCAUUGUUAUAUCUGGAGCCUUAUGGGAGGGGUGGCAGAGGAGCCCACCAAACUCAACCCGAAACAUAAAAUUGAGGCUCACCAGCGAUACGCACUGAAGUGCAAGUUCAGUCCAGACUCCACUUUGCUAGUGACUACGUCUGCUGAUCAGACAGCUCGUAUAUGGAAGACCUCAGAUUUCACACUACUGCAGGAGCUGAAGCACGAGGCACAGCGCUGGGUGUGGGACGCAGCUUUCAGUGCAGACUCACAGUACAUCCUGACAGCGUCAUCUGAUGGAGUUGCCCGUCUCUGGAAUGUGGAAACUGGAGCUGUUGAAAGAGAAUACAAUGGCCAUCAGAAGGCUGUCACUUCACUAGCAUUUAGGGAUGAGAUAGUUCGAGAUUGAAGUCAUAUAUAUAUAUAUAUGGAUGUUUGCUGUAUGCAUUGGAUGAUCAUUGCAGGAAGCGAAUUGUGCGGUUGAAAGGCGUGUGUUGUGUACGUAAGUGAGACAUACACUCCAAACACAUCAUUUUAACCCUUUAAAGCACAGUGGUUACUAUAUGUACCACCUUCUUUAAACAUUAAAAAAUUCUGUGUUUUGCUUAUGCAGUGUGUUUAUGUGUUUUGCACAUUUCUCACAAUAAACAAUGGUUAUUUCCCUAAGCAGCAUUGACCAGCUGGUGGUUGUAAUUGAGAUAUAUAGUUCGUUGGGUUUGAGGUUUUCACAGUGGUGGCUCUGAAGAGCACUAUUGUCUUGUGGGAUGUAAUCCUGUGCAGUUUGGUAGCAUGUCAUGAUUUUUCAGAGGAAUGUACUGCCACCAUCUUCAGGGUUAAAGGAUAAGCCAAGUAAGUUUUUUGCAGAUUCCUUUCAUAGCGUUAUCCUUUUACCCUGAAGAUGGAGUCAGUGUAUUCCUCUGAAUUACUGUUGGAAUUCUACCAGAUAUUGCAGUAUUACAUCUGAAAAUGUAGAACUCUUUAUUAAGAUGUAUGUUUUUUGUGAGGCAUUUAUAGAAUUUUUAUAUAAUAUUUAGAUGACCUUUGAACUUCAAAGGGUUAAGAUGAAACAAUGGCCGCCAGUCUCUCUGUAUUCCUGGAAAGUAUAUAAUAGAAACUUUCAGAAUCAUUUAUUAUGUAAAAGGUUUGUAAAUUGCUAUUUAAAAGCUGAGAGUUGUAAGAGUGUAGUGUCUAUAUAUAUGAUGCUCUUAAGUCAUGGAACAAAAUUACAAGUUUUUUGAAGGAUUACAGAAUAAAGUAACUAUAUAGAUACUCCUCAUUAAUGCAAGUUCAAAAAA